CUGGUUUGAGUUGACGAUUUGAUUUUAUUUUCCCUCGCGAACGCAUUCCGGGACUCUGUACAAACUCACCGAUUGCAUUCACCCCCUUAUUUCCCUGGAGAAUGUGUUCGCCAUGACUCCCCACGCCCCUACAGCUCCCCAUGGCCAUCUGCAAUCGUCAAAUACCACCGCCAGCCUUUUUCUCGGCGGCGUGCGGAGAUCGUGGAUGGACAAUCCUGCGCUCUCGCGUUCCUCCGCCAUUCCUUCGGCCUCCGCUGUCCCCCAUUCAACGCCUGCUCGCGGUGCUGCUGUGACGCCCACGGCCACUCCAGCGGAUCUGGUGCGUCCAGACAUGCGAAAUCCUCCCCGCGUGCCUUCAACAUCGACGCCAACGUGCUGGAGCCGGCAGAAUGAUCCCGUCCGCUCCCCUCCCCAGCCUCCCCCACAACCGCAUCCACAAUCCCAAUCCCAAUCUCAACCUCAGCCUCAACCUCAGGUGCUGUCCGAUCCUCAGCCUCAGCCGGCUUUGAUGUCCCCGGCCACCACCGGUCCUUCUCCGCCGUCGCGUCCCUCCAGUCAUCCGCAACCUCCUGCUCCCGCUCCCGAUCCGCCGCCGCCGCCCGUGACCGUGUCGACCAAUCUUCCGCGGCCCCCCAUCGUGCCAUCUCAACGUUCGCCGACUUUUCCGCUGUCUCUGUCAAACUUGCAGGUAUCGUCCGAUCGACCCCAUGACAGUCCCACGAGUGCGAUGGGUCGGGAUGGUCCGCCGCCCGCCGUGGCAACUUUCCCGUCCCCGUCUCAUCCGGCGAGACCGACCCUCCAGGUGAACACCGGAGUCCCGACUCCACCACCGACAAGAUCGAACAGAGGAGGUGCAGGCGAUUCUUCUCAGGCGCCGUUGAAUAAUACGGAGAUGCAAAAUGCGUCGAGAGGAACCCAGAGCGUGCAAACAACCCAUUCCCACCCGGACGUCCCGGCGGUUGCUGCGCGUCAGUCACGCCAACAACAACUACAACUAUACCACCCACAGCAGCAGCAGCAGCAGCAACAACAACGCCAGUCGAAUGCGCAGAACACGUCGACUUUUGUCCCCAACGUUGACGACGCGUUCUUCCAGCACUCGAUCGGCAACUUGAACAAUUUCACGGCCUACUUGGGACGAAUCGGAUACACCGCCGAAACGUUUGAAUUCGCGCGCUUACAGCUCCUGCACAAUGCGUGUGUCAAUCGAGACUGCUUGUACCUUGUCAUCCACCAGGUAUAUUGUCUCUACAGCUUUUCCCCGUCCGAUUUCUUCAAGUUGCCGGGCUUCACGGAGCAGCAGGCGCGGGGUCUGGGGGUCAUUGAGAGAGUAAUGGUGGAGAACAACAAGGUGUCGGGCGAGUUCUUGCGCUGGUGUGCCCAUUUUCCGGGUCAGAUCGCAGUCCUGCUGCAGACGCCCGUCUACCAAAAGGCUGUGCAAGAGGCUGCGCUGUGUCUCGGGAGAUUCUCGGAACAGUGGAAACCCUACAUCGAACAUGUCUUCGCCCGAGAAUUCCCUCCGUUCGUGACGGAGCUUAUGGAAGGCUUUCGCAUCACUUCGAAAUCUCUGGCGUACACCAUCUUCCUGUCAACCUGUCGACAGCUGCCGGGACCCAGUGACGAAUCGGCGUUGGAGAAGGUCUGGAAACACGAUCUGCAGAACUACCUGCGGCGCUGCAUGUCGGCAGAGCGCAUGUCAAAGACUCAAGUCCGGCAGGAAAAUACGGAUGUCAUUCAAAUGUAUCGCGCGCAAUCGCCCAAUCCAGCCGCUUUAAGAACCACCACUGGCAUGACGGCGUCUACCAUGAUGCGACCGACCGGCAUCCCAAGCCCGCAACCCUCUCAAUCCCCGCAGAUGCCUGUUCCGCAGUUGCCCCCGAACCGGCCAGGCGUGGAUACCAGACGGCCGAGCUCGUCUCAGACAUCUCCGUCUUUCGCCGCAUUCCCUCUGCCUGACAGCCAGGGCGGAGCCGAAGUGUCUAGGCCAGGCGAACCGAUGACUGCGACGCCUCAGAUGGCCACAGGAUCCCCGAAUGUGUAUCCGAUGACUGUUCAAGUCCCCCGCCCGCGAGGGCGUCCGCGCGGACGCCCUCGCAGAGCAAGCGGCGCCCAGCACCCACCUUCCAUGUCGACUUCGGGGCCCAGGACCGAUGGCAAUUCACCGCAAAUAACCCCCCCAUUCCAAAUGGUGUUCCCGUCCCAGUUGGUUCAAUCUUUCUCUCCGCGCCAGAAUCCAUCUCCGUUGCAGCGUCCAUUCCCCAUUCCCGGCCAACCGCAGAUGCAAAGAGGCGUAUGGCCGCAACAGAGCCCCCGGGCUCUUGCCAACCAAACGCCUCUUCCUACUAACCCUGCUCACCCUGCUCACCCUGCUCACCCUGCCCAUCAUGCCCAUCAUGCCCAUCCUGCUCAUCCUCCUGGCCCCGCUUCUCUGACCCUACCAUUGCUUCCCCCGCCCGGACACAAACCGUCGACCACCUCGCGACCUCAUCCACUUCGUGAUGCGCUUCACCAGGCCCACCUCCGAGGCCCAGUGAAUGAGGUACAGGCCCCGGAAAAUGAGCCCGGGGCGGGCUUGUUUCAAUACAUUAGUGGUUUCGCCGUGGAACCCGUGCCACUUGGAGUCGAGACGUGCGCGUUCACAUGGCAAUUUCAACUAUCACAAUCCGAUCUUGAUCGAGUUCCGACCUCUCAGAUACCUUCGUUAGGACAGCGCGCGGUGCGUAUUUACAAGGACGGCUCCCAGAUCCACCGGCUACGCUGCAUCCGAGUGAGUCCGUCAGCCUCCGGGGUGAGCGAACAGGCCUGGUGUACCGCCGAGUCGAUCUGGCCUAGCGUGAUUUACGUGUUCAUCAACGACGUGGAGGCUUUCGUGAGGCGACGGGUCCAUAACGGCAAAGAUCUCCCCUUGGACAUCAGCCACUACCUCCGCGAGGGUGUCAACACCGUGACCUUACACUUUAUUCGCAACGCGCCCGAGUCCCAGGAUCUGACAUACGCCAUGGGCGUUGAGGUGUUGGACAUCGUCCGCUUCUCCCGGGCCAAAGAGCUUGCGAGGCCGCUGCCCGCUACGGAGUCUCGCGAGCAGAUCCGAACCCGCCUUUCCUCCCUCGGUCAGCAGGAUGACGAGGUGAGCAUCGUCAGCGACAAUCUCACGGUCGACCUCGUGGAUCCUUUCAUGGCCAAGGUUUUCAGCACCCCGGUGCGCGGACGCUACUGUGGACACCGGGAAUGUUUUGACCACGACACCUGGAUCUUGACUCGAGUGUCCAAAUCGGGGAACGCACCGAUGAAGGAAGACUGGAAGUGUCCCAUCUGCUACCAGGACGCCCGGCCGCAGAGUCUCCUCGUCGACGGCUUCCUAGUCGAAGUGCGCGAGGAGUUGGCUCGCACCAAUCGGCUUGAAACCGCUCGCGCCAUCCAGGUCAAAGCCGACGGCUCGUGGCAGCUCAGGGCCGAAACGGAAGCUUCUGACCGCACCGCCUCGAAGCGAAAGCUCACCGGCAUCAAUGCCCCGGAUUCUCCGGUUUCGCAGAGACCCAGGCUCGAGCGGAGACCGUCCUCCAUUACGAAUGGCGACGCCAGUGCCCAGCCGACUCAUCAGCAACCCUCUGAAGUCAUCGCCUUGGACUAG